UGGCCUGCCCUGCCUAAAGAAACCCCCUCUGUCCUGGCGAAGCUCACAGUCUCGCUUGCUGUCAUGAGUGAGAAAGCCUCAGACGCUGCUCUGAAUAUCAGCUGGGCCAUCAAUAUAGAUUGUAUGAUUUCUUUCCCCCUUUUGUAACAUGGUCACAUUUGACCUUUUGCAAAAAAAAAAAAAAAAAAGAAGUGGGCUCUUGGACUUCAUGUAUCAAAUGUUUUUGAAAGAACUGUACUUAAGCUGAGUUCAUCAUAAGAUGAUAUGUGGCUUAUACUGGAAAUGCACUGUUAGCCUAGUGCCUGGGUCUGCUCUACAGUUUAUUAUAUCCCUGCAUUGUGAUGCGUCCCUGCAUUCAGCUGGGAUGAUAAUUAUAAUGUCUGAUUGUGCACCAGUGACCCCUGCUGUUCGAUCAGGCAUCUGCCUGUUAAAGAUAGCAAUAAGUACCUUAUAGGUACGGAGUUCAUUGUUAAUAGCAAGUCUUACCUUUGUCAGUAUUACCCUCCAUUUAGUGAAGUUAAUGCCAGUGGUUAUGAACAGUGGUUCCAUUACACGGAAAUCCCAGCAAUGCCAGAUACAAAUUAUGCAGUCAUUGGAUCCAAUCUUCCACAAUCAAUGUCUGUCGAGCGCCCACAAUCAAAAAUAUUUGAAACACCUGAUUGUAGUCAUGAAACAAUGAGGCAACAUUCGAGUUGUUUGCGCAUAGCAGAAAUAGAAUCUGAGUGGGAACCAAACAUUAUCAGCACAUUUGUUAAUGGUCAAGUAGAAGUGAGCUUUACUUCUAGUAAGCAUUCUACAGAGUAUGACUUACAACUGUGGAGAUGUAACUGUGCCACGUUGACAUCAUGUCCAUCAGAGAUAAAAUGCAGUGAGUACAUCAGCGAAGACAAAGCUUUCUCAGAGGGAAAAUCCAGGUGGACAAGAAUUCUGAAUGCAACAGGGCCUUGCGACUCUCUUCUCAUUUUGAUUUCACCAUUUUUUAAUCAUUGUGAUGUGUUCUGUCAAGAAAAAAUUGCCCCAGUGGACUGCAGUCAAAGAGAACACCCAAAUUACACAUUGUUGCUUUGUCUCGCCUGUAUUACCAUGGUGCUGAUACCAGUUGCUUUUCUUAUAUGGUAUAAAACAUACAAGGCUCACUCUGAAUUACCCCAAGCCAGCGCAUUCGUGUAUGUGCUUGUGGUCUACCCUGCUGGAAACAGGGCUUUUCAGAGGGCGGUUGUGGCAUUUGCUGAAUUCCUGCAGUCCCAGUUGAACUGCAAGGUGGCCAUAGACAUGUGGGAGCAGGGGAGGAUGGCAGAGCAGGGGCCGGUGCGCUGGCUCACCACACACACCGAGUGUGCGGACAAGGUGGCCAUUGUGUGCACACCGAGAACCGCACUCCGGGAGAACACGGCUGAACACUGCCAGCCCACGGCCCUGAGAGACCACACGGUUCCAGCCUCCACAGACGACGUCUUCUCUCUGGCCCUCAACAUGCUGGAAGGCCAGAUGAAGGGCCUAUCGGCACUCAAGAAGUACUGCACCGUGCACCUGGGGGACAGGCCAGACACCAAGCACCUGCCUGCAGCCCUGAGGGUGUGCAAGUCCUUCUCCCUGAUGAAGGACGUGGAGAAGCUGGGCAGACACCUCCAGAACACUGGCACAGAGGCCCACUACUUCCCCUCGGUGGGGUUGAAGCCAAGGGCUCUUACCGGUGAUGCAGCUGGCAGGCUGAAAAAUGCCAUACGAGAGUUGCAGACAGGGUGACAUCUUCAGCCACACUGAGCUGGCCACUUUGUGCCAGCUUUAGGCAUUGGGUGAGCGAUCUCCAUAAAAGAUGAAAUGCUAUACCAUCCUGAAUACUUUACAUUACUAAGAUUUAGAAUAGUAGUCAAAGCCGUAGUACUAUUGGACGCUUUUAAUUAAUUGAAAAUUAUGACUUUAAGAUUCAGAAUUGAACAGCCUUUUGUACAACUGUCGACAUUCUAUUAAAAGUUUGUAUUAGCAUUUGUA